AUGGGAAGUAAUUUGUGUUUAUAUGACUCCACUCAUAGUGAAGCGUUAAAUUCUGCUAUUUUCUGCUAAAUUAAAUAGUCUGCUAGCUUUAUAAGCCAAAAAUUAUAUUUUUUAACUAACCUUAAGAUCCCUAUUAUAAGGAAUAGGUAUAGCUAUUUCUGAAAUGAGCCAGGCUUUAGGAAACUCGGUAAAAGGCAAACACCUUCUAACUCCCCCCCCCCCCCUCCGUGAGCGAACAAAAAAAUUUUGUUCACUCACGGAGGGGGGUUAAUUUUUUUUUUAAAAAAAAAUUUAUAUAUAAAUUUUAUAAAAAAAUAUUUUUUUCGAAAAUUUAAAAAAAUCCUAAUUUGCAAAAAUUGGGAAGCAAAUAUUAAUUUAAUUUGCAAAAUUUAUGUUUUAAAACGCAAUUUGUUUAAAAUUAAACAGAAUUAGCUCUAGAUUUCAUUAUACUAAUUAUCACUUAUAUAUCAAAAUUUUUUUCCAUUAAAAUUUUUUCUAUUAAAAAAAUUUUUGUUCGCUCACGGAGGGUGGGUUUUUGGUCAAAAAAUGGUGAUUUUUCUAAUGGUUUUGUUCGCUCACGGAGGGGGGGGGGGGGAGUAAGAAGUUUUAUAUAGGGACUUUUUAUAGAGGAAAAAGAUCUAUCAUCACUGAAGAAGAGCUUUGAGCUGCUAUGGUGAUUUUAAGAGCAUACAAAAGAUAUAGGGAUAGAAUGGAUCUUGCCCACAGCAAAAUGAAAUGGGAAUUAUACUAA